UGCCGGACCUGGCACGCACCCAGCAAGUCCUGCAGCGAAGAGAAAUGACACUAAGUGUUUAUUUGAUGGUUCUACUUUUGUGUCUCAGAUUAAUGUGUCCUCUGGCAACUGGAAUUUUUAUGGAUAAACUCACCAGCAAGAAGCUGUGUACUGAUGACAACUGUGUCUACACCAAUUCCCUUUCCAGAGCAGAAGAGGGUUGUAAUGCUUCAGACUGCAGAUUCAUUAAUAUUAAGAAGGGCCAGCUGACUUAUGUUUACUCAAAACUAAUGAAUGAAAAAGACUCUGGAGAAUUCUGGGCUGCAAUUUAUGGAGAACAGUAUGAAGACCAUAUGGGGACAGCUGGUUAUUUCCCUAGCAGUUCAGUGUCAGAACAACGUGUCUAUCAAGAAGCAAAUAAGACUGUUCCUACAAGGGUAAGGAAUUUACAAAAGCCCAGCUGGCCACAGAAUUACUCUUGGUUAUGUAAUGGUAAUUUGCUGUAAAAUUAAAUCAUUAUUGUGGCAGUUGAUUGUAGCAUAUCACAGAUGCCUAGGCAAAUAUACAGGCAAAUUACCUCAAUAAAAUCCCUAAGAUAACCUCUGAUACAGCAGACAUCAUAAAUGUUGCAAUAAAAGCUUGAUCCUUUUUAUCUGAAUAGCAUUCCUUUAAGGUCACGUAAGUUUUACCCAAAGCUUUCUUUUUUUUAGAUAUCACAGCCUGGAUAUUGUGCUGCAGACUUGGGUAAUGUGUACUAGUGCUCCUUCUAUUAAUUGUAUAUAUAGAUGGAUACUGUCAUAGAGAACUUGUGAUUACUGUGAGACCAUGCUUGCUUUCUCAUUACAAAGCUAAUGGUGCAUCAAAACAACAACAACAAAAAAAGAGUUAAAAGGGUUUUGGGAACACAUUAGUAUUCUGUGAGUAAGUAGGCUGCAUUGCUGAAAGAAUGGUUGUCCCUGAUAAUGCACAAUAGUGCAUUUUACUCCAAAACCAUCAUAUUUUUACUAAAUAACUGAAACACUUCACAGAGGAGUGGAAGAGGACGGUCCUUUCUCAGAGGCCAGCAUGGUUUGACUUACAGCU